CCUUCCUGCCAGGGCUCACCCGUGGGCUCGCUCGCGCCGGUGAGGCUCCCUCGUGGCCUCACACGCUCGUUCCCCGGUCUUAUGGCCGGUCUGACUCUAUUUGUGGGCCGUCUCCCGCCCUCGGCUCGCAGUGAGCAGCUGGAAGAGCUGUUCAGUCAGGUGGGUCCGGUGAAGCAGUGCUUCGUGGUGACCGAGAAAGGGACCAAGGCAUGCCGAGGCUUUGGCUAUGUCACUUUCUCCAUGCUGGAAGAUGUUCAGAGGGCGCUCAAGGAGAUCACUACCUUUGAAGGUUGCAAGAUCAAUGUGACUGUUGCCAAGAAAAAACUAAAGAACAAGUCCAAGGAAAAGAGGAAAAAUGAAAAUUCAGAGUCCCCAAAGAAGGAGCCAAAGCCCAAAAAAGCCAAGGUGGCAGAUAAGAAAGCCAGAUUAAUUAUCCGAAACCUCAGCUUUAAGUGUUCAGAAGAUGACUUGAAAACGAUAUUUACUCCCUAUGGAACUGUUCUGGAAGUGAAUAUCCCAAGGAAGCCAGAUGGAAAGAUGCGUGGUUUUGCUUUUGUUCAGUUCAAAAACCUCCUUGAAGCAGGAAAAGCUCUCAAAGGCAUGAACAUGAAAGAGAUAAAAGGACGGACUGUGGCUGUGGAUUGGGCUGUAGCAAAGGACAAAUACAAAGAUACUCAGCCUGCUUCUACCCCAGAUGGGAAAAGGAGCAGUGAGCAUAAGCAUAAGGAAGCAGGUAAAAAGAAUGGCAGGGUGGAAGAGCAAGAAGACGACGAUGAUGAUGAUGAUGAAGAUGAUGACGAAGGUGAUGAUGGCGAUGAAGAGGAAAGUAGAGAAUCAACAAUGAAAAUUCAGAAGAGAGCAGUGAAGAGAGCAGCUCCUGAAGAAAGCGCUGAGGAAGACCUUUCUGAUGAAGACGGUGAUGUGGAGGGAGGAGGGAGUGAUGGUGGUGAAGGAACCGUGCAGAGUGGGAGCAGUGCUGAAGAACAAGAGGAUGAAGAUGUCCCAGUCUCAAAGAAAAAGAAGAGGAAGUUGCCCUCCGACGUGAGCGAAGGGAAAACUGUUUUCAUCAGAAACCUUUCAUUUGACUCAGAAGAAGAAGAUCUUGGGGAGGUCCUCCAGCAAUUUGGUGAUCUUAAAUAUGUCCGAAUUGUCUUGCAUCCAGACACAGAGCAUUCUAAAGGUUGUGGAUUCGCACAGUUCAUGACUCAGGAAGCAGCUCAGAAAUGCCUUGCAGCUGCCUCUCCAGAGGCUGAGGGUGGUGGGCUUAAGCUAGAUGGCCGGCUGCUCAAGAUUGACUUGGCUGUGACCCGUGAUGAGGCAGCAAAGCUUCAGACAAAGAAGGUGAAGAAGCCGACUGGGACCCGGAACCUCUAUCUGGCCCGAGAAGGCUUGAUCCGUGCUGGGACGAAGGCUGCCGAGGGUGUGAGUGCCGCAGAUAUGGCCAAACGAGAACGGUUUGAGCUACUGAAACAUCAGAAACUCAAGAACCAGAAUAUCUUUGUCUCCCAGACCAGGCUUUGCCUGCAUAAUCUGCCAAAGGCUGUGGAUGAUAAACAACUAAGGAAGCUGCUGCUGGAUGCUACUAGAGGAGAGAAGGGUGUGCGCAUUAAGGAGUGUAGAGUGAUGCGGGACCUUAAAGCAGUUCAUGGAAAAAUGAAGGGUCAGUCCCUGGGCUAUGCCUUUGCAGAGUUCCAAAACCAUGAGCAUGCCCUCAGAGCCCUCCGCCAUAUCAACAACAACCCAGAAAUCUUUGGCUCUCUGAAGAGACCCAUAGUGGAGUUCUCUUUAGAAGAUCGAAGGAAACUUAAAGUAAAGGAGCUGAGGAUCCAACGCAGCCUGCAAAAAACAGCACCCAAGCCUGUAACUAGUAAGCCCCAAAAGGAGCAAAAAGAACUUGGAAAAGACAAGAAACAGAAAGCAGUGAGCCCUACACAGAAUCAAAGUCAGGCUUCUGGGGAGCAGAAAGGGAAGGCCCGCCCCACCUCGUGGACAGGGUUCCAGACCAAGGCUGAAGUGGAGCAUGUGGAGCUGCCUGAUGGGAAGAAGAGAAGAAAGGUCCUGGCACUCCCUUCACACCGAGGCCCUAAAAUUAGGUUACGGGACAAAGGCAAAGCGAAGUCCCUUCCUCCUAAGAAGUCAAAGCCCCAGAUAGGCCAGCAGAAGCAGAAGAAGCAACAAUUACCUUCUGUGCAGGCACCUAAGAAAAAAGCUAAGGAAAAUAAGGCAGAAGCCCACUUCAACCAACUGGUUGAACAGUACAAGCAGAAGUUGUUGGGCCCUUCUAAAGGACCAUCUCUUAUGAAGAGAAGCAAGUGGUUUGAUACUUGAUGCCCCUGCCGAAAGCCUUGUCUUUCGUAGAUGGAAAGAGCAUCCUGAUGGUACCCCAUUCGUGGGGACUCUGUAGGGUGUGAGGGUGUGUUCAUUCUUGGUCCCUUCUCCAGCAUGGGAGGAAGACAUACCUGAAAGCUCACUGGAGUUUUUACAUCUUACCCAUAUUACUGCUGAAGCUGUGCUUGUAAUUGUAAUUCAUUUCUAUUUUCUUCUUCGAUAGAAACUAUUGUAAAAAAAUGUUUUGAAGUACUGAAUUUUUAGAUGCAUAUUUUAUUAUGGAAUCUGUAAAUGAGGAAUUGUU